AUGUUCUCGGUUCCCUGGCCCCAGCCUGGCCCCAGCCUGCCCAGCCCCAGCCCGCCCAGCCCCAGCCCAGCCCCGGCUCAGCCCGCCCCAGCCCGCCCCAGCCUGCCCCAGCCCGCUCAGCCCGCCCCAGCCCGGCCCGUGCCCGCCCCAGCCCUGGCCUGCCCAGCCCCGCCCAGCCCCAGCCCGCCCAGCCCGGCUCAGCCCCGCCCAGCCUGCCUCAGCCCGCCCAGCCUGGCCUGCUCAGCCUGCCCAGCCCGCCCAGCCUGCCCAGCCCGCCUCAGCUCAGCCUCAGCCUGGGCUCAGCCUGCUCAGCCCAGCCUGGCCUGCCUGCAGCCUGCCUGCCUGCCCCAGCCUGCUCAGCCUGCUCAGCCUGGGCUCAGCCCAGCCCAGCCUCCCAGCCCGCCCAGCCUGGCCUGCCCCAGCUCUCAGCCUGCCAGCCUGCCUGCCCAGCCCGCUCAGCCUGCUCAGCCUCUCAGCCUGCCCAGCCCGCCCAGCCCGCCCAGCCUGGCUCAGCCCGCUCAGCCUGCCCGCCCAGCCUGCCAGCCCGCCCGCCUCACCAGCCCCGCUCAGCCCGCUCAGCCCCAGCCCCAGCCUGGCUCAGCCCGCUCAGCCCGCUCAGCCCGUCAGCCCGCCCCAGCCUGGGCUCAGCCCGCUCAGCCUGGCUCAGCCCCUCAGCCCGCUCAGCCAGCCUGUGCCCAGCCUGCCUGGCUCAGCCUGCUCACCAGCCUGCUCAGCCUGCCUCUCAGCUCACCAGCCUGUGCUCAGCCUGCUCAGCCUGCCCACGAUGUGACGAUGAUGCAGCAACGAAACGGCAAAUGCUGUUGCACCCGGGUGUCUAAUCAGAUUGGGUUGGGUGGGCGGCCAUAA